AUGGGUUCCCAGCAGCAUGUUCGGGACAUCAAAACCGGCUCCCCGCUUCUCUAUGCAGAUGAUAUCAGAGCCUACAAGAAGGAGUAUGCCGAAGCUCUUGAUGCUCAAGAUCCGCUUCGGAGCUUCCGAGAUGAGUUUAUCAUUCCGUCCAACAAUGAUCUCAAGCGGAAGACCCUGGCAGUAGACGAAAGUGCGUAUCAGGAUCUCUUGUGUACCCAGGCGGCGUCCGUUCUAACAUUUGACUUUAUCAUCUUCUCAUUAGGCAAUGAAGCGUCUGAUGAAAAAUGCAUCUACUUUUGUGGUAACUCACUGGGAGUCCAACCUCGUAGCACCCAGAAAUAUAUCGAGCAGUACUUGCGAACUUGGGCAACGAAAGGCGUGACCGGGCACUUUGUGCCGCAUGAUGAUCAAUUGCUACCUCCGUUUGUCGAUGUUGACACCGCAGCAUCGAAACUUAUGGCCUCAGUUGUCGGUGCCUUCCAAAGUGAAGUGGCAGUUAUGGGCACUUUGACUGUCAAUUUGCACCUGCUAAUGGCAAGCUUCUAUCGCCCGACCAAAGAGAAAUAUAAGAUUAUACUGGAGGGCAAGGCUUUUCCCAGUGACCAUUAUGCGGUUGAAUCUCAGCUCCGCCAUCAUAACUUCGAUCCGAAGGACGGCAUGGUUUUGAUCGAACCCAAGGAUCUGGAUCAGCCUACCUUGACCACGAAACAAAUCAUGAAAGUGAUCGAUGAUAACGCUUCCAGCACCGCACUUGUCCUCCUCUCGGCUAUUCAGUUCUACACAGGGCAGUACUUCGAUAUUGAACGGAUCACGGCUCACGCCCACUCUAAAGGCAUCUUGAUCGGCUGGGACUGUGCUCAUGCCGCCGGCAAUGUGGAUUUGCAACUUCACGAUUGGAACGUGGAUUUUGCGGCCUGGUGCAAUUACAAGUAUCUCAACAGCGGACCGGGUGGAAUAGCAGGACUAUUUGUCCAUGAACGCCACGGUUCUGUAGAUGAGAAACAGCCCGAAAGCGACGAGACAUUCCGGCCUCGACUCUCAGGCUGGUGGGGUGGAGAUAUUAAAACGCGUUUCAACAUGGAGAACAAAUUUCUGCCACAGCCCGGUGCCGCUGGAUUCCAGCUGUCGAAUCCCUCUGUUUUAGACAUCAACGCGGUCAUCGCAUCUCUCGAAAUCUUCAAAUGGGCAACAAUGAAGGAAAUUCGAAAGAAAUCCAUCAGCCUCACGGGGUAUCUAGAACAUCUUCUGAUGAGGUAUCCUAUAGAUGCGGCCUCGGAAGAUAAACCAUUCACCCUCAUCACACCAUCAAAUCCAGCCGAGCGAGGUGCUCAGCUUAGUCUACGUCUCCAGCCCGGAUUGUUAGAUCAUGUUCUGCAUUGUUUGGAGGAGAACGGGGUUGUUAUUGAUGAAAGAAAACCCGACGUUGUUCGUGUCGCUCCUGCACCCUUGUAUAACACUUACACAGAAGUGUGGCAGUUCAGUCAGAUCUUUUUGCAGGCAUGCAAAGAAGCCGUCAAAGCGCGUUGA